AUGCGCCUCCUCGAAUCACUCGCGGCCCUUGCGGCCUACACCACGACCUCCCUCGCCCUCGCCGCCUCCCUCACACUCUCGAUCCCCUCCUCUCCGGCCCUGCCGAAUCCCUACACCCUUCCGCCCUCAACGCGCGCGACCCUCUCCGCCCUGGGCGCCUCCUUCUCCGCCCCGCUGUCUGUCAAGAACACCUUCGUCUUCGCUAACGUCACCGCCCCCGGCUCGUAUCUGGUCGACGUUCACUGUGCGACCCACGCCUUUGCGCCCUUGCGUCUCGACGUCGCCGCUGACGGAAGCCUGGUAGCCUGGGAGACGUACCGCGGCAACGACUGGGACAACAAGGGCGAGGUCUACGCGGCCAAGGACUUUGAGGGCGGCGGCAGGGGCUUCGAGGUGCGGGUCCUGGGAGGCAAGAACUACUUCGUCGAAAGGAGCAAGUUCUCGGUUCUUACCAUUCUCAAGAACCCCAUGAUUCUCCUUGGCCUUGUCAGCAUGGGUAUCUUCCUCGGCAUGCCCUACCUUGUCGACAACAUGGACCCCGAAAUGCGCGCCGAGUUCGAGGAGCGCCAGAAGAGCAACCCUAUGAACAGCAUCCUCGGCGGCGGCGGCGAGCCUGGCGCCAACCCUAUGGGCAACUUCGACAUGGCCGCUUUCUUGGCGGGUACCGGAAAGAAGGACGAAACAUCCUCAGGUUCUGGGUCCCCGAACGGUGGCGGCAGUGGCGCCGGGAAGAAGGAGAAGGGCGUGCGGAGGUGA